UCUCUGCAAGAUAAGGAAAAAAAAAUAAAAAAAUAAAAGAAACAGCCAAACACCACUCUAUUUUGCACACCCAAACCCUUCCUUUCCCUCCCCUGCCCUCCCCCCCCCCCCCCCCCCUAUCUAUUUAGCAAUUUCUAUAGCCAUGCUGUCAACGGUUUCGGCCAUUUUCCCAUCGGUUGAACCGAUGGCCAGCAACCCAUUUCAGUCGUUCGAGAACGGCUUUACGCCUUGGGACUGUUUCGACCCCUUUCCAAGCUCUCCUCAAUCACCAAAGCCUGUUGGUUCGAGUUCCGGUUCGGAUAAAUCCAACCAGGCAGACCAAAACCCUGACAACUCGAACUCAAACUCUGGCUCCGACGACCCAAACCCUCAAGUUUCAGUCAUAGAUGAGAGGAAACGCAGGCGGAUGGUAUCAAACCGGGAGUCGGCAAGGCGGUCACGGAUGCGAAAGCAGAAGCACGUAGAAAACCUAAGGAACCAGGUGAACCGGCUUAGGAUUGAGAACCGGGAACUGACGAACCAGUUGCGCUUUGUUUUGUACCAUUCCCAUGGUGUACGGACAGACUACGACCGACUCCGGUCCGAGUAUAGUAUGCUCCGAAAAAAGCUGUCGGACAUACGCCAAAUUUUGAUGAUGAGGCAACUCCAAGAAUUGACGUCCGCGUGGCCGUGCAAUAACAUGAUUACCACCACCACCACCACCGAACAAAUAGCUCCAUCAUUAAUCACUUCAUAAACGUAUAAAAUAAACUCAAUAAAUCAUGAAACUGAAAGCUAAAACAGGAAGAAAACGAGGCUUUAUUUGUAGGGUCUUCUGAUCAGUACUCUUUGUAGAGUCUUAUAUAUAUGUAAAUGAUAAAGCUGCUAUGAAGCAAAACUUAAAUGGUGGGGUUUACGGUGAUUUUUGUUAAAGGGUGCUUUUUAGGGCAAAAUGAUUGGCGGUUUUGGGGAGCCUUGGUUCAUUAUUGUCAUUGUAAAAAGAGUAGUUGACUCGUGCCCGGUUAUUUAAAGCUAUAUUAUCCAUCUUGUUUUCCUAUUGUUU